AUGUUGUUGUCCUCUUCUUCUUCUUUUCCUUCUCCUUCCUCCUUUAAUUUUGAACAAAACAAAACUUUAAACGAAAAUUUCGAAAAUAUCCAACUAAAUAAUUCAACAAAUCAACAACCAAGUAAGAUAAAAAUUGAAAAAAAUUUUUUUGAAGAAAUAAAAAUAUAAUAGAAUUUUUGAGUAUUCGGCAAAUAAAAAAUGGAGAAAAUGAAAUUGGUGGAAGUGGUGGAUAUUUUGUG